CGAUGGAGUAGAGCAAUGGCAAUGAAUAACUUCCACGGGCCCUACAUAUUCCUUUUUCAGUUUUUUGCUUUUCCGACCAGAUCUUCAUAGCUCCCUUGCAGCUUCAAAUCGUACGGUCGAACAGUCGAAGUGUUCCCUGCAGCCCCGCAUCACCGUCCAUCUUUUUUAUCACAUCAUACGAACAAGCGCCCCUGCACGACGCACCAUACUGGUGACUAACACGGUACCUGAAACCCGCGCAGAAACCGAAAAAACCCGAAUACACAAAAUCUUCAGCACAGAAAGAAGCGAGAGGUCAUUUCUAUUCAUUCAUCGUCAUCAUCAACACCAACAGCAAUGUUUUCUAGAUUCUUUCAGAAACCUCCACCACAGCAAUCUCCUCCUCAUGCGCAGCAGGAAGCGGGGAAAGGAAUUUCUAAAUCAGCGGAUUUCGAUCCGCGAGUUGUUCUUCACUUCGGAGUUCCAUCUACGGCGUCUAUCCUUGCAUUUGAUCGCGUCCAGCGUCUGUUGGCUGUGGGAACACUUGAUGGCAGGAUAAAGGUGUUUGGAGGAGACAAUAUUGAAGGAAUUCUUUACUCGUCUAAGCAUACAGCCUUCAAGAAUUUAGAGUUCUUGGAUAAUCAAGGUUUUCUUGCUAGUGUCUCAAGUCGUAAUGAGAUUCAGAUUUGGGAUUUGGAAAGCAGGCAAAUUGCUUCUGCUUUGCAGUGGGAGUCCACUAUAACUGCUUUCUCUGUUAUUUAUGGCACCAGUUACAUGUAUAUUGGGAGUGAGCAUGGGAUGGUAUACGUGUUGAAGUUUGACGCUGAAGGCAGAAAAAUUGAUAUAUUGCCUUAUUAUGUUCCUACAAAUGUUAUAUCUGAUGCAGUUGGAAUAUCACUUGAUCAAAUUUCAGUGAUCAGGGUUCUUCAUCCGCCUUAUUCCAAUGGAAACAGACUAUUGAUGGCAUAUGAGAAUGGCUUGAUAGUACUCUGGGAUUCUUCUGAAGAUAAAAUUGUUCAAAUCAGAGGACAAAAGGACUCUGAGCUGAAGAUAGAAAGGGUGACUAGUUAUUCAAAUGACCCUAAGGAUGAUUCCUCUGACAAUAAAUUAGAUAAUGAAGAAGAGGAUAAAGAGAUAAGCUGUGUUUCAUGGGCAUCUAAUGAUGGAUCUGUUGUUGUUGUUGGUUAUGUAGAUGGUGAUAUAAUGUUUUGGGAUUUGUCAAAUGCUGACUCUUCUUCAAAUCAUCAAUCCCAAAAGUUGUCUAAUAAUGUUGUCAAGCUUCAAUUAUCAUCGGCAGCUAGAAGACUUCCUAUUAUUUUUCUACAUUGGUGUGCCAAUAAAUCUUUUGGUAAUAAUGGAAGCCAACUUUUUGUGUAUGGUGGUGAUGAAAUUGGGUCUGAAGAAGUUCUGACAGUUUUGGGCCUUGAUUGGUCAUCUGGUUUAAAAAGUAUUAAGUGCACUGGUCGCAUUAAUAUUGCACUUAAUGGUUCCUUUGCUGAUAUGGUUUUGUUAUCUAGUGAUUACCAUGCAGCGGGAACUGGUAAUAUGAUAUUUGUGUUGACAAAUUCUGGACAGCUGGAUCUUUAUGACAACAAUUGUUUGUCGUCUUUAAUGUCUAAGCAAGAAAAGAAGACUUCUUCUCCUACACUGCAAUAUCCGAUGGUCAUACCCACUCUUGAACCCUACAUGACAACUGCAACGCUUGCUGUGAUAGAUCACGAUGUGAAGACAUUUAGGGACUUGUCUCAGGUUCUUGUAGCUGCAAAGCAGCAUUUAGUACAAAAUCAGACAAGUAUGGGCAUAAAGUGGCCUUUGACCGGUGGUGUUCCAGGUCAGCUUUUCAAAGAAGACGAUCAUAUCAUUCAAAUAUAUAUGGCAGGAUACCGAGAUGGAUCUGUUCGGAUAUGGGAUGCCACAUAUCCGGCUUUGUCAUUAGUUUACAACAUAAAAUGUGAGGUAAAUGAUGUUAACAGUGACAGUGCAAGUGCACCAGUGUCAGCAUUGAAUUUUUGCCCUGAUACUUUACACCUGGCUGUUGGUGAUGAAAGUGGUAUUGUCCGUCUAUAUGGUCUAAUACAGAGUUCAAGUGAAACAACCUUUCAUUUUGUGACUGAAAAGGGAACUGAAGUUCACAAUAAGCAUCAAGGAGAUGUACCUCAUUGCACAGUACUGUUUUCCCUUCAAACUUCUGUUGUAUGCACCCUACAGUUCGCAAACCAUGGAGGGAAGCUUGCUGUUGGAUAUGAAAAUGGCCAGGUUGCUAUGCUUGAUAUCAAUACAUCAUCGGUUUUGUUUCUUAUGAAAACUGAACCUGACUCACCUUCAGCAGUUAUUUCUCUGACUGCAAAAUUUUCAGACUCUUGUAGCGUAAACAUUCCACAGCAAUCUGUAUCUGAUAAUUCUGAUAGUUCUGAAAAGGGGCUACUCUUCAUUAUAACAAGGGAUGCAAACCUUGUUGUAGUAGAUACUUCAAAUGGAAAUAUGGUCUGCAGUAGGAGCAUGAGUGUAAAUGCAAAAUUGAAUGCAGUUUCAAUGUAUGUUACAGAUGGUUUUUCUGAAGUAUCAACUGAAACAGAGUCAUUAAAAUCACCUCAGAAGAGUGAUUCGGGAAUUCAGGACAAUGUUCUGUCCGAAGAUGCAAAAGUUGUAGAUGAAACAGCUACUACCGUAGAAACUUCAUACUUCGGGGAGAUAGUAUCCAACUCUCUCAUUUUAAUUUGUUAUGAGACUGAAUUGAGCUUACACACUUUAAAAUCUGUGAUUGAGCUUGAUAAAAUUAUUUUCAGCAGUGUUCUUGUUGUACUGUAUCAAACUGGAGGCAUUGAAGUAAGGUCCAUACCAACUUUGGAAGUGUUGGGAGAGAGUUCUUUAAUGUCAGUCCUAAGAUGGAAUUGGACAACUGACAUGGAAAAGACAAUAUGUUCUUCAAAUGGACAAAUAAUUCUGGUCAAUGGGAAUGAAAUUGCUUCAAUAUCACUGUUGACAUGGCAAAAUGAGUUCUGGAUUCCGGAGUCUUUUCCUUGUCUUCAUGAUAAAGUUCUCCAAGCUGCUGUUGAUGUUACUGUGAGCCAAUCUCCAAGCCAGAAUGAAAGACAGGGAACAACUUCUGUAUUUGCUAAUUUUGUCAAGAACUUCACGGGAAAAGCAGAUCCAAAUGCAAAUCAACCAGCUCAUCCUAAUAUUUUGGAGAAUCUAGAACAAUUAUUCUCAAAUCCUCCGUUCUUAAAGCCUUCAUCAGGCACAGUUGAUCCACUUGAUGAUUUGGAGCUUGACUUAGAUGAUAUUCACAUUGAUGAACCCAUAGUCCUUUCACCUAUACAGAAAAGCGAUGAUGACAAAAGAGAUAAAGGAAAAACAGCUGACAAACAGAAAACUGAUAUCGACAAGAAAGAUAAAGGAAAAGCAACGGACAGAGAGAAACUGUUUGAGGAUGUAGGCACUGAUUCAAAACCAAGAGCUAGAACAGCUGAUGAAGUUAAGGCCAAAUAUAGAAAGACAGAGGCAAAUGAUGCCGCUGCAGCAGCUUCGCUUGCAAAGCAAAAACUUCUAGAGCGGCAAGAAAAGCUUGCGCUGCUCAACGAACGUACUGAAGAGCUGGCAAAUGGGGCAGAAGAUUUUGCAUCCAUGGCCAAAGAACUCGCUAGAAGAAUGGAAAAUCGUAAAUGGUGGCAGUUAUAACCAAGUUACAUGAUUCAUUUUUCUCGUGGGCGUGUCCAACCGCCAACCUGCCUCACUUCUCUCCGAGGUAGCUCUUACUCUCUAGUCUGUUGCUUAGUUAGUAGUUACGCUUGUACAAAAACAUUUAUUAUUCUUACAUGUGUUAGAGUAAUUUGAUUA